AUGGCGGAAGAAAAAGUCAUUGUCCCAACUCGGGACGAGAUCAGAGUCCUGGACUUCGACUCGGAGCGUACUCAUGACCUGAUCCGUCAGGCCCAGGAGGCCGAUGCCGCCGACAGGCAGCUCACUAUCAAGGAAGCUAUUAAGAAGUACAAGAAGGCUUGUUUCUGGGCUAUGAUCUUGUCGACCAGUCUGGUCAUGGAAGGAUAUGAUUUGGUCAUUAUCACCUCCUUCUACGGACAAACCCAAUUCCAAAAUCGCUUCGGUACCUACGACGCAGCGAGCGACUCGCAUGUCAUCUCGGCACAAUGGCAAUCAGUCCUCUCCAAUUCGGCCCUAAUUGGACAAUUGUGCGGUCUGGCAAUCAACACUUACGCCCAGGACAAGUUUGGAUGCCGUCACACAAUGAUGACUUUCAUGGUGUGGAUGCUGGCCGCUAUCUUCAUUCCCUUCUUCGCGCCAUCGCUAUCCGUCCUCGCGUUCGGAGAAUUCAUAUGCGGCAUUCCUUGGGGUGUCUUCCAGACUCUCUCGACCUCAUACGCGUCUGAAGUCGUUCCCACUGUCCUCCGCCCAUACGUUACUGCCUACGUCUGCAUGUGUUGGGGUGGUGGCAUCCUGCUCUCGUCAGGCGUCGUUCGCGCCGUCGUCAAUGUGUCAGGCGACCUAGGAUGGAAGCUCCCCUUCGCCAUCCAGUGGGUCUGGCCAAUCCCCCUAUUCCUUGCCGCGUACUUCGCACCAGAGUCGCCCUGGAACUGCAUCCGUCGCAGCAAGACCGACGAGGCCCGCGAGGCACUUAUCAAGCUGCGGCAGGACAGCCCCGAGCGCCAGCAGCAGGUCGAGUCUACGUUGGCGUACAUCGUCUACACGACCGAGUUGGAGAAGGCUGAGACCGAGAACGCCAGCUUCGCCGACUGCUUUAAGGGGACCAACCUUCGCCGCACCGAGAUCAACUGCGUUGUCUGGGCUGCCCAAAUUCUCUGCGGCAAUGCGAUUCUCGGUUACUCUGUCGUUUUUCUCGAGGCCGCAGGAUUCAACGAGGUCCAGGCUUUUGACCUCAACAUCUCCCUUUCGGCGUGCUAUAUCAUCGGAGGCAUGAUCUGCUGGCUGCUUAUGCCUCGUCUGGGCAGGGCUACUUUAUACAUGGGCGGAAUGACUUUCAUGUUCUUCUGUCUUGUCGCUAUAGGCGGUCUUGGCUUCGACGGGAGCAAAAAGUCCCAGCUAGCUAUUGGUGUGCUGCUUGUGAUUUCCACCUUGGCAAACAUGACCACCAUCGGCCCUGUCUGCUACCCCAUCGUCGCUGAGACGCCGUCCGGUAGACUCAGGUACAAGACCGUCACUAUCGGCCGUUUUGUGUAUAAUGUGACCGGUAUUUUCAGCAACUCUGUCACCCCCCGAAUGAUCUCGGCCACCGCCUGGAACUGGGGCGCCAAAGCCGGUCUUUUUUAUGCUGGCACCAACCUCCUGUGUAAUAUCUGGUGUUGGUGUCGCUUACCAGAGACCAAGGAUCGCACUUUUGGAGAGAUUGAUCUCAUGUUCGACAACCGCGUCCCAGCCCGCAAGUUCAAGUAUACCACCGUGGAUCAGUUCGCAGUUGGUACCCACGUCGAGCAGGCCCACUAA